UGUUUUGUUAGUCUUACGGUGUUAGUCAGUUGGAGUGGAGGGUCGGGUCUGUGUUACUCGUCGCUGUUUUGACUCGUUUUCAAUUUUGUGCUGGACACCACAGGAAAUAUACAUCAAACUUGUAUCGUGCAUUCGACUCUGAAAGGAAUUCACACGAAAUUGUGCUAGCUGCUGGAUCGAUCACGUUAAAACCUCGCAGUCUUAUCCACUCCACUCGACAGACGGUUUUCAUUCUUUGUCGUGCAAGGAAGGGCCCGUUGACAACUCGUACAUCGGGGCACCGACCAACGCUGGAAAAAAUGGAAGUUCAGUCCAUCACACCAUAUCCCUAUCAGCAGGCAGAGAAGAAGCCGAACCUGCUAGUCGAGUCGGCCAAAUUGGAAGUGUCUCGACCAGAAUCAAGUCCGAAAAAUUACGAGAAACAACAAGAAGAGCACGAAGAAGACAAGGAAACCCACCAUCAUUUCGGGCUGGACUUGGAACUACCUCAUCCGGAUCAUUACUUGCCAGAAACUGUGGAUUUUCCCAGCAGUCCCAGCGCCAUGAUGAAAUAUCGGGUCGCCGACGAUGACGAGUUGAGCCAAGAAACCGAAGAUCACCGACCUCAGCACAAUGACGCAGUCACGGAUUCAGAGGACGAAGAGUCUUUACGGGCUGUCAUUGACCCUAACAAUAGUGUGCGCUUAAAAAAAGAAGAAGAAUCCUCCGACUCGGCCAAUGUUAGCGACACUGAGGAAUAUUUCGAAGACUUCCACCUUCCCAUGACACACCAGAAUAGCAUGUCUACUCGGCGGAGUUUCAUGCGGAAAAUCAAGGCAGUUGACAUGCGCGUUCCCGAUGCCGAUAGAAUUGAAGGGAUCGUGAAAUCUGGCCAGCUGAAUCGACACGGCAGCAUACGGCGGAAAAUUGUUCCGCAACCGCAGGAUUUCAUCAACGAUAGUCUUUAUUCCGACCAAUCCGAAUCGAGCCCCGUCAAGUUCACUUCGACACCCAAUCACACUUUCGCCGAAUUAGACUUAGCCAACGACACGAUAUUCAUUCCUGAGCAGCCAGAGCACGACGAGUACAUUUUAAUGCCCUAUUCCAACAAAGAGUUUGACAAAGAAACAAACCUCACGCCAUCAGCUGAGAAUCCGAAUGUCAUGUCGACGGAAAUUGCGCCGCUAGACGAUGGAACCCUCUUGAAAAUCAAGGAUUGCCUGGAUGCUGAAAAAGUCAAAGACAUUUACACGUUAGGAUCGACGUUGCAAGAUCUUCUGUCUGCUGCCGAAGUCGAAGAGAUUAUCAGUAAUAGCCAUCGUUACAGUAAUGUCAUUAGUCAAGAAAUCCUGAUUGCCUUGAGCGAAAGCAGAACGCCCGAUGGCUUCGAUCCGGCUGCCAAUAAGAACAAAACGGAAUCGGGGCCUGAAAUUUCUCCAGCAGUCAGUAGUGCACCUCCUGAUUUGAUCGACUCCCAAGACAGAAAUCCUGACAGAGGUGAAACAACAAGGAUCAAAAAACGAUUAUCUGCCAUCGAUGACACGGCCCGUGCGUGCGACGAUGAUUCAGACGAUGACAUUAAUCUGAAUGUCAUCUCAUCGAUUGGAGAAGAAGAAAAUGUUUUCACCGAUAACGUCGGCCGCCCAGACACAACAUCCAAGUCUGAAUCACUUCUCUCUUCACCAAUCGAUGGCUGGGAUCUUAGCCCGGACGGCAUCCGUACGUCCGGAGGAUUAGAAUCUCCCUUAAACGAACGAAUGGACAAUUCUAGGACUAAGCCCGACUUGAUUCCCGAGACGUCGGUGCCAGAAGAACGAGAUGAAGAACGCAACUGGCGAUCUGUAGUAAUAAUGGGCUUGGAACGCAAGAUCGACUUGAAGGUUAUCGAACCUUAUAAAAAAGUACUUUCACACGGUGGUUACCAAGGCAACGAUUGCCAGACGGCCGUUAUUGUGUUUAGCGCUUGUUUUCUGCCAGAUCGAAGUCGCGUCGAUUACGAUUACGUCAUGGAGCACCUCUUCUUGUACGUGCUGACGACGCUCGAUCAGCUUGUAGCAGAGGACUACGUCUUGAUCUACUUUCACGGCGCCACCCCCAAAACUUGCAUUCCACGAUUCUCUUGGGUGAAAAACUGCUAUCAAAUGAUUGAUCGAAGGCUGAGAAAGAACCUUAAGCGACUCUAUCUAGUCCAUCCAACUCUUUGGCUCAAGGCAGCUGUGCUAAUGUGUCGACCGUUUAUCAGCACCAAGUUUAGCCGCAAGAUCGUGUACAUACCUAACUUACCGUCACUCUCCGCUGAAUUGCCCAUGGAUCACGUCUGCAUUCCCGACAGAGUCAAGCAGUACGACAUGCUGAAAGAGAGUUUAGGCAAUGGAUAAAAUGACUUUCCAGGCUGGAGUUUUCUUUAAUGAUCCAAGACAUCAAGCGGAGAAAGGGAUUGCGGUAGAAUCCAGAGACAAUCGCUUCAGUCCGGGUUAUUUUUACGUCUCACCUGGUCAUUAACAAAAUGCCAAUGCAAAUUGGCUUCAACGAAAAAGAAUUAAUGGGUUUAAAUAUAGCUAUAGUGUGUGGCAAUAAUGGAGUAAGAUGUUGUACAAUUGUGUCGGCAGUGUCGCUAGAUUUUCUAAAGAGUAAGAUGAAAGUAGAGACAUCUUUUUUUAAAAAUCUAAAAAAAAAUACAUAUAUUAUUAUUUAUCAUCAGUUUGGUAUGAGGCGCAGCGCCUGUGUGAUGGUCACCCUUUACUUUCUUUGUAAUAUGUGCGUGUUGCGAUAGAAAUUGCGAGUUAUCUUAAUUUGGUGCCCUGAAGGAGAGUUAUCAGAAGCCGAUUCAAUUAAGGUCCAUGUAAUUGGAUCACAACCGAAUAUUGUUUUGUAUCUGCUCUUUGGUGGUGCCUCAAUAAACCAAAUAUAAUUUGA